CAUGUGUACCUUUCAUUAAAUAUUAACUUUGGUUAAUAAACUUUGGUUUGCCUUUCUCGCUGAGGAAACAUAUUUGUUGAAGUUGAGAGACAGUGAAUGGCAGCGGGAUUGUCAUUAAGGACACCACGCAGCAUGAGCCUCCGCUGAUUCCAAAACAACAAAGAUCAGAUGCAUCUGUUAAGAAUCUAAUGAAGUUUCCUAGGACUUCAUGAUUCUGUCCCUGUAGACCUGCUCUUUAUGCCAGUUCUUGUUCCGAGCUCUUGCUUACAUAGACCUAACAGGUGUUGAUGACAUUCUGACUUAUGAAGACUGAUUGUAUCUGUGUGACCAUGUGACUAAUGUUCGCUUUCAUCACUGCUCCAUGGGGAUCUCAGCCAGCUGCUUCCUCAGCCAAUCAGAAUCUUGCAGUCCGGGUGAAGACGGAACCCGAUGAUGAGAAAACUACACUGGGCCAGAAACAUAGUCACUCAUUCUAUUAUCAAAUUAACAAGGAGAAUCACAUGGUUACCUGCACUAAACGGGGCACAGUGCUGGAGGCACUUCAAGCAGAUCCACCUUUCAGAACCUUUUUGGAGAGAAACAGGGAAAAAGGAAAAAGCAUUAUCAUUGAAAGAGACAACAGCUUUAUAGCCACACACUUUCCUUGUUGGUUGUUUAAAGACGAAGAAACUGUCCUCAUUAAAAGUUUCCCUGGUGAGGCAGCUGAGGUUUCCGAUGGUUAUGAAAUAAAAGACGGUGAUAUUGUCACUUUUUGCAUUAGCAGCAUUGGUGGAUUGAACAUGAGGAAAAGGCGUUUUUUGAGGAACUCAAAACUUCAAAACAACAAGUCCCUUUGCAUAUAUGCGUAUAUUGGGGAGACGGUAGAGGAUGCAUUGAAAAGAGAUGGCCGAUUUAUAGAUGAAGUGUUUCAGGGAUCGGUCUCUCUAUGUGAAGAAGGAGAACAACAAACAAAUAUUCAGUUAACUACAAAAAUCCCCCCAAAAUUUGGCAAUCUGAAGACUUUACAGCUGAAAAAGACAGCACUGAAGAGACCGGCAGAAGACAAAACAGCAAAUAAGAGGAAGCUAAAAUCCGGCAGAAAAUCUGAUCCUAGUUCUAAUACUGAAAAUCCAUCCACACGCUCUUCUUCUGUUGGAUCCAAACCCAGUUCAGACAAAGCAAUGGCAGUUAAGGGGCCUGAUUUAUAUAAGAAAGUACAUGAGAUACCAGACUCCACAGAAAUCCUGGAGAUUCUACGUGAGCAGUUUCAAGGUCUAGUGGAGCUGAUGAAGAAAAGGCACAAGAAAAGGAAAGUCGAAGAUGUGGUAGAGUUACUAAGGGAGGAGUUUGGAAAGAACAUACAGAGUUUCUCUGAAAUAAGCACUGGCAAGAAGCUGAUGAAUAUGAGUGCUUCAGUUUGUUACAUUGAGGUUGAGAACCACAUGAGAGGGACAGGAUUCUUGCUGUUUGAUCGUUAUAUCCUAACAAACGCACAUGUUAUUAAGGAUAUUACUAACGGUACAGUUUUAGGGAGAAAAGUUCAUGUCACAUUUGCCUUUGAAGAUCUCACAGAAGAAUCCAAGAACUUAUGGUGUGUAAAAGAAGAGGUUGUGGCUGGCUGGUACGGUUUGGAUCAACAGGAACGUUUGAUGGAUUUUGCUUUACUGGAGCUAGGUGACUCACUAGGGAAGCCUGAUUUAAAACUACCUCCUACUCUUCUAAGAGAAUAUGCACCUUUCCCAGGGAAGGGAGGAAUCUGCCUCAUUGGUCAUCCUCAUGGGGGGGUGAAAAAGAUGGACUCAAGUUCCAUUAUUGAAGUUAAAAAAAGAGCAAAUGCAGUAAAACGACAAUUUGGCAGGAAAGGGCGUCACAUUCAGUAUAUCAAUGACUUGAAGGAUAAAGAAUUGACAUAUAACACAUGUUUCUUUCAUGGGUCCUCAGGUUCUCCGAUCUUUGGGGAAAAUUGCAAACUGGUAGGCUUGCACACUGGUGGCUUCCUUUAUGAAAUUGCUGGAGAACAGAAGAGUGUGAUUGAGUUUGGCAUUUCCAUGAGGUCAAUACUAGAGCAUUUACUCCUACAGAUGAUGGAUGAAAAGAAAUGUGAACUUCUGUCAAAGUUAAUUGCUGAAACAAUGAAGAGCAAAUCUACAAUUCAGGUUGUUGCAGGAUUUAUCUGUUAUAUGCUACAGAUGUGGAAAGAAGAUCUGGACAGUGUUUUAUCAACAGUCAUCACUACUGCAAAGAAGUGUGGUGAAUCCUCCGAGCUGCGUACCUCACUUUGUGAAAUCAUUCCAAAAGAUGAUCUCCAGACACUGAUGAAAAAUCUCAGUUCUUCAAUGAGACUUAGUGAACUCUCUGAAAUUCUCAAGGAGGAAGAGACACCCAUGGAUAUCGAGCAACAGACUGCAGGGAACUAGAUCACCCUAUAGAAGUCUUCAAAAAAUCAUGGCGAGAAUGAGCAAAUUCUUGCUAACUUUCAGAAUGACUUACAUUUAUAUUUCUGCAAGUGUAAAUGGAUAACAAUGCAAUGUAACCAUAUAUUAAACUGAAAUGAUAGAGUAAAAUGGAAGAAUCUCUUAAACUGUUUAUAAUAAUGAAAUAAAGAUU